AUGAGUGUGUUUAUUUUGCCUCAGAGUAUUGUCAAGGAGGUCGAGAAAUUAUGCAGAUUGUUUCUGUGGGGAGCUUCAGGGAAGUGCAGUAAACUUCAUCUAGCUUCUUGGCAUCAGGUUUGCCUCCCUAAGGCUUAUGGAGGGCUCGGGUUCAGGGAUGGGGCUAGCUGGAACAUAGCUCUUCUAGCCAAAUACGUUUGGGCUAUUUCAGAAAAACAGGACCUCCUUUGGGUCAAAUGGAUCAAGGUUAUAUAUCUGAAGGGAGUUAAUUUUUGGAAUUGUGUUAUGAAACAGGACAGCAGCUGGUAUUGGCGGAAACUUUGCCACUUAAGGAGUAAGUUCAGCAAGAGAGAGGUGCUUGCAGCUGGAAUCUCAGGGAAGUUCAAGCCUUCCAAAUUAUAUAACAGUACAAUAAAUCAACAGCUUGUGGAGUAUAAGAAUGCAAUUUGGGGUAGAACAAUCCUUCCUAAGCACAGGUUCUUGCUUUGGCAGGUGGUCAAUUCUUACCUUCUGACUAAAGACAAUUUAGCUAGAUUCAAUAUUCAGUUGAAUAGAUUAACUUGUCCAGUUUGUGAAUACCAUUUGGAGAGUCACAAUCAUCUCUUUUUUGAUUGCUGCCAUUCUAAGAGGAUUAUGUCUUUCAUUUUUGCUUGGCUUGGGUUUCAAGCUUGGUCUAGUAACUAUAAUGAUUGGGUAGUUCGGCUCAAUAUUGGGCAGAGUGGCAUCAUGGAUUCUAUUCUGAACUUGGUGUUAGCUGCAGUGAUUUAUAGCAUCUGGCGGAAUAGAAAUAAGUGUAUUUUUUAUGGUUAUUCUUUGACAGCUAGUUGUAUAGCAAAGGAAGUUAUUACCUUAGUUAAGUAUAGGUUAUACAUUGUUCAUAACAGGAAGAUUUCUCCUCAACAUAAGCUCUUUAUAAGGAAACUUCAAUGUAACUAG